AUGGCCUCUUCAGCUUCAGGUCAGCAACCACCCAAAACAAACCAGCAUGUCGAGCUUAUCAUCUCCAGCGACGACCACGACGCAGGGACGGCGGCGGGUCGCUUGUUCGAUGAAGAAGACGAGGCUAAGGAGCUCCUGCUGGACGUGGUGGACUGCCUCGCUGACGACGACGGCGUAGAUGAUGGGCCAGCGGCAGCGCUGCCCGGUACCGGCGGUAGGCCGCCGUCCAAGAUACAGGUGUGGGGGCUGAGGAAGCGGGCGGCGUCGACCGGUGAGGAGAUCCUGCGCGGCGUCCACCUAGACGUGCCGCACGGGGUCGUCAUGGGCGUCAUCGGGCCCAGCGGCAGCGGCAAGUCCACGCUGCUCCGCGCGCUCAACCGCCUCUGGGAACCCGCCCCCGGCGCCGUGUUCCUCGACGGCGCCGACGUGUGCGGCCUCGACGUCUUGCGCUCCGGCGCAAGGUCGGCAUGCUUUUCCAGCAACCCGCCAUGUUCGACGGACGAAGUGCACGAACACGUGGACCGAACUAAGGCAUACAACGUGCGCUACGGGCCACAGCUGCGCGGCAAGAAGCUCACCGAAGCCGAGGUGCAAAGCCUGCUGAGGCUUGCCGACCUGGACCCUGCCCUGUCCUCCAAGCCUGCCAACGAGCUGUCCGUCGGCCAGGCGCAGCGCGUCGCCUUGGCACGCACCCUCGCCAACGACCCUGAGGUGCGCACGCACUCACUCACACAUCUCCAUUUCGUCGUCGUCUUCCAUGACGCCGCCUCACCAGUCACCACACCCUACGAUCACCUCAUGCAGGUGCUCCUGUUGGACGAGCCGACGAGCGCACUGGACCCUAUAUCAACGCAGAACAUCGAGGACACCAUCGUGAGGCUGAAGAACACGAGGGGGAUCACCACGGUGAUCGUCUCCCACAGCGUGAAGCAGAUCCAGCGCAUUGCGGACCUGGUGUGCCCUCGUCGCCGGUGA